AUGAACGAUGAAGGGAACACACCCAUCCCUCAAAGAAAGCUGGGUAUUGAGUGGCAAACACAGAAUAAUACAUCACAGUAUCUUACUAGAAAGCUGGGUAUUGAGUCAGCAUAUGUGAAUUUAGGCUUGGGUUGUGGAGUCUCUUGCAGCAAGAGGCAACAUGUCAGCACAGGACACACUGUUGGGGCACUCUUUCUCUACAAUCCCCUUAUCAAUACUCCUUGCAAGUAUAGAUACUCUUCCAUGCAGGAUCUCACACACACCCCACACCCAAAAGAUGCUUCGUUCAUCCGGAUUAGUUUCUUGACCCAAGGCCCAACGACCACAAUGGAAAAUUGA